AUGCAAUUCGCUAUCUUCGUUUUAUCCUUGAUUUUCGUUUUGGAGUCAGUCCAUGCUGACAAAAUGUCAUGGUGUGACUAUUGGUAUCGCAGAGGGAUUGCCCGUGUUGAAUGCACAAGACCCCGACAAGCCCAUUGGUCUAUAAUAAAUAAAGAAAACAAAGUUGAUGCAAAUACUCUCUCAAUGCCAAUCUGUGACGUUGUAACUGAUUGGGGAAGAUGCCAGAAAGCAGCACAUUGUCCAUUAGGUUUACUAUGCUGGGUCAAAGGAAACCCUUGCUGUACUCCUCAAACCACCAACACCUUUAUCCGUCAGACAGACCUUAACCAGCAGACUUGUCCUUCUCCACAGAUGAUGGGUGUCCAGUGUAAUGCCAAGAAAAUCGUUAACUGGUGUCAUUCUGACUCUGAUUGCCAUUCCUCUGGAUUGAACCAAAAUCAAAGAUGCUGUCCAUCUGGUUGUGGUUACAAUAUGUGCUUGCGCAUGACUCCACCUAUCGACAUGGUCUCAAGACUGUCUGCAAUGUCAGUCGUCCCAUCGCAAUGCCCUCGUAUGGAUGCUGUGAAUAUUGGAUGCUCUCGUCAGUUUGGUACAAGCUGGUGUCGAGCUGAUUCAGAUUGCUAUUCAAACUCAGCUCAACAGCGUUUCUGCUGCCCAACACGAUGUGGAUACAAUGUGUGCUUAUUACAAUUGAGUGAAAACAAAUGGGCUAUUGCUUAA